ACCAUUACAUGUUGCUCACAGUAUCGCGGCGGGAGAGAUUCUGAUCAAAAGGUCCCGACACCAGAGACAGUGAGCUCACAAACUUAUAUCAGCCAGACUUGUUGUUGUCGACUCAGUGCUGGUGCUGGGUGGGAGGUGUUGCUUCUCUAUAUGAAUGGACUACUGACUUAUUACACCUGAGACGAAAGGUCUUCCAGGAUAUCUGUGUUCCUGCACAUGGAGGCAGUGGCCUACCUGCUGUGAUCCUAGAGAGAACAUUAAAUAUGGCAUUACCAGCUGAAACCACCUCAACAUCUACGUGGCCACUGCCUCCUACACAAUAUAUUAAUCUCUAUACUGAUGAAAACAUACGAAGAGGAAGAGCUCCCAAGCCACCACUGCCUAUACACAAUGAAUAUACAAUGUUUGGUGUCCCAUUUAAUGCAGAUGAUGCCAUUAUUAGGCCUCUAGAAUCUCAGGCCAUCCGUCGCCUUUACCCUCAAAACUUUGACCAUCGGAGGGAACUGAAGAAAUUAAACCAUUCUAUAUUAGUUAACUUCUUGGACCUUUUGGACAUCCUUAUAAAGUGUCCAGACUCAACAAAACGUACAGACAAGAUCGAGGAUAUCAAUAUUCUAUUCAUCAACAUGCAUCAUCUGAUUAAUGAAUUCCGACCACAUCAGGCACGAGAGACUGUGCGAGUCAUGCUUGAAAUGCAGAAGCGGCAGAGACAUCAGGUUGCGGAACGGUUAGAAAGACAAGAAGACGAUGUGAGUAGACUUGUUAGAGAAGCUUUGGCUUCUCUUCCGGACAAUGUAGACCUUGAUUCAAAACUACUUGUGCCUUCCGCUGAGGAGCUCCAGUUAAGGCCAAAGAAUGAUGGUGGCAGUGCUGCUGAGGAUAAGUGCUCAAGCUUAGACAGACUCAUGUGCAAUAUUGUGGAUGCAUUGUAGAAAGAUACUAAAGAAUUAUACAUAUAAACAAUUCUAUAUUAUAUAAAGUAUCAUAAGAUACUGUUGCAGAAAGUGCCACGAAUAUAGUAAUAAUAAAAGAUAUGAUUUUGAUGCAAAUACAGUAAUAUAUUUCGUGAAAGUGAAGGCUUUCACUCGCUGACUGAGAAGAAUGUUGAUGCAGAAGUUUUGUAACUUUUAUAUGUCCACAUCUCGUAUUUAUUGCAGGAGUACAGUAUAUGAAGAAAAGAAAGUGUCUUACCAAAUUUUACGAUAGAUAUUAUUUUGAGGAUUAAUUUCAGCAUUAUGUGAGAAAGAAUUCACUACAGCAAUAUUAUUGAUAGUUCUUGAGCUAUUGUAAUACUGUAGUUUUAUUUUGUUUAUAAAACCCAAUGAGAUUUUAUUGGGAAAGUGAAAUUCAAGUUUUCUCUAUUAUGUCCAGUUUUAAAUGUUCUGUCAAACUUAUUCCAAAGUUGCAGGCUGGCUGGAAAAUAGAUAUUUAAGGCCCACAGGUCUUUUCUUUAGUAACCUGUGAGAAAGCCUCCAUAGAACACUUUCAAGCAGAGCCUGCCAUAUUCAGGGGAGUGUUUAUAUUCUGAAGCAGGGACAUUGUUUUACAGGGAUCACUGAAAAAGAAAUGCAGAACAGCUUCACACCCAGUCUAAUCAUGUUUAAUGUGGACAAAACCUGGUACAAUAGUCCUUUGAAAUUACAUUCGGAAAGCGAAAAAUUUCACCAGGAUGAAUUCUUGAAGCUGAUUUGGUAAUACAAGUAUAUUACAGUACAGUCCCUAACCAUUCCUCUGUAUUUAAAUGAGAUAUUUUAGGGACUUUUGUACUGUAUAGAGAAAAGCUAGUUCUUAAUCUCAAGAAUAGCUCAUAUCCACCCUAGGAGUUGUAAUUUACAUUUAUUUUAUUUCUUAUUUAUUAUUUCACCACUUAUUAGCACUGUAAACAAAGUUCUGGGAAUUUAAUAUGAUGCAAUAACUUAUAUGGGGCCAAGCAUGUUUUUCAUUUUUACAGGUAAUAUGUAUCCUUUAUUAUAGAAUGGAAAUAAGUGUACUGUAUUACUACAGUAAUACUGUAUAUUCAUUAUAGAUGUUGGCUCAGUAUUUCACUGUUCACUUUGUUACAAAUCCCAUCCAGUUUCUCGUAAACACAGGGAUAAUGUUAUUACUGUACUGUACAGCAUGUAUUUCACAUAUUUUGUUUAUUAUUGUCUCAAAGUCAUUGUGUACACCAAAAAUUAUCAUAACAUCAUUUGUGGCAUUUUAAGACAUUUUGAGUUCAUUUUAUUAUAGAAACUUAUCUCCUAAUUUAUAAUGGGAGUCUUUAGUAAAAGGUGAUCCAAUUUAAGAAAUAAUGAUUUAUGAAAAGUUUUUAAGGAAUGGAACCCUUUUGUAAAUCAUGGAAUGCCUGCACUGUACCUGUAUUAACUUUUUUAUUACUGUUACCUAAAUAUACUAUUUAAAAAAAGAAACCUGUUCACUUCUGUUUAACUACAUUUAUUUAAGUGGCAACUAUGAAUCUGACAUUAAGCCAUUUAUUAAAGAUGCCAUCAGCCAACUAAAGCAAGCCAACCUACUAACAAAUGACCUUGAGAGAGUUUUUUUUUUUAGGUAAGUCGGGUUGGUGUUACAGGUUGUACCUCUCUAGUCCGGUAACCUCGGGACCUAACCGGUGUCGGACCAUGGAAAUUCACCCUUUUCCUGGAUAGAUAGUGACUUGUGCUUAUGCUUGGAAGCACUAGCACCACUUUCUCUGCGUCAUGGUCUCUUUUAAGACAUAUUGAAGGGUUAAAUGUUGUA